AGUGAGUGAAUGAAGUAAUAUAUCUUGUACAUUGCAUCCUUUUCCUUAAGAAAAAUUAUCGGCCACAGGUUGCAGGUUGUGGUGUCGCAUUAAGAAGAAAAAGAAGUCACAGUGAGAGAUGCAGGCGGAAGAAAAAGACGAAGAAGGUGGCACCCAUGUGCUCGUCUUCGCCGGUCCAGUGAAAGCCAACGUGAACUCCAUGCUCAAGCUGGCACAGCUUCUCGCUCUCCACCGUUUCCACGUCACCUUCCUCAACACCGACCACAUCCACCAGCGCCUCCGCCGCUUCGCCAACAUCGAAGCUCUCUCGCAAACCUACCCCACCCUCCAUUUCAAGACCAUCCCCGACGGCCUCCCUCACGACCACCCUCGUUCCGGCCACCACGCAUUAGCAGACCUCUAUGCUUCCAUGAACUCCCACGCAAAGCCUCUCCUCACAGACAUUCUGCUCUCUCCACAUCCAAACCCAACCGUCACCUGCCUCAUAGCUGACGGAUUCUUAGCAAGCCUCACCGCUGACGUGGCAGAUCAGCUUCGGAUACCACUCGUUCAUUUUCGCGCAAUCAGUGUUUCAUGCUUCUGGACUUUCUUUUGUGCUCCAAUCCUCUUUCAAUCCAAUCAACUUCCCAUCAAAGGAGAGGAAGACAUGGAUCGCAUCAUAACUACUAUCCCAGGUAUGGAAAACUUGCUCCGUUGUCGAGACCUUCCAAGUUUCUAUCGAGGAGUCCAAUCCGACACGGUGAAGCCUUUGAAAUCCUCGGUGUUCGAGUCGCAUCAAACGCUUCGAGCCCGCGCGCUGAUACUCAACACUUUCGAGGACCUAGAUGGUCCCGUGUUGUCCCAAAUACGUGACAAGAUUCCGCGAGUCUUCGCCAUCGGUCCUCUCCAUGCACAGUUGAACUGUAGAACGGAGUCCAACGCCAAAACGACGCCGUCCACGGCUUGUUUCUGGGAAGUGGACAGAACUUGCUUGACUUGGCUUGACUCACAGGCGUUGAAGUCAGUGAUAUAUGUGAGCUUCGGUAGCAUCACUACAAUGACUAGGGAGAGGCUGAUGGAGUUUUGGCACGGUUUGGUGAACAGUAAGAAGCGGUUCUUAUGGGUGAUGCGGCAUGACUUGGUGGCAGGAGAAGACAAUGAUUACCGGAUACCGGAAGAGCUUGAGGAAGGGACUAAGGAGAGGGGGUUCAUUGUGGGCUGGGCCCCGCAAGAGGAGGUUCUGGCCCAUAAGGCUAUUGGUGGGUUCUUGACUCACAGUGGGUGGAACUCGACCUUGGAGAGUUUGGUGGCUGGUGUGCCCAUGAUUUGUUGGCCUUACUUUGCGGAUCAGCAGGUUAACAGCAGGUUUGUGAGUGAGGUUUGGAAACUUGGGUUGGACAUGAAAGAUGUGUGUGAUAGACACGUUGUGGAGAACAUGGUUAAUGAUCUUAUGGAUCAUAGGAAGGAGGAGUUUCAGAGAUCAGCUCAAGAAAUGGCUAUGUUGGCUCACAAGAGUCUGAUUCCAGGUGGUUCAUCUUAUCAUAGUCUCCAUCAGUUGAUUCGCUACAUAAAGUCAAUUAGCCAGGAAAAUAAUUAAUACCACCAUUAAGAUGUGGGUUAUUAAUUUACUGUUUCACCCCAUGCUUUUUAUUCUUUUAAAACUCACCAUAAUUGAUUUACUUUUAAAAGACUUGUCGUAAUUGAUUACACCAACGUUUGCGGAUUGUC